AUGGUGCUUUCCCGAUCGCUGCUUGCUGCGGCCUCCGCAUUCCUCCUUGGCUCUCCGACGGAGGCCGCAGGCGCGGUGACGGAACUACAGAGCGUGCUGAAGAACACCCACAUGAGCAACGAGUAUGGGUACCCUACCGACUUCACCAGAGGGGUGAUGCCUAUCCCAGUCCAUUCACACAAUGACUACUGGAGAGAUAUUCCUUUCUAUUCGGGCCUAUCGCAGGGAUGCAUAUCGACUGAAGCCGACGUGUGGCUGUAUAAUGGCACCCUCUAUGUCGGCCACGAUGAGUCUUCCCUGACUGAAAAGCGAACACUAGAGUCGCUCUACAUCAACCCUAUUUUGGACGUGCUUCAACGCCAGAAUCCCACGUCUCGAUUUGUGACGUCGCCCACGAAAAACGGUGUCUUCGACACUGACACCUCACAAACGCUUUACUUCUUCAUUGACCUGAAGACCUCCGGACCUGAAACCUUGGAUGCGGUUAUCAAGGCCCUGGAGCCACUCCGUGCUCGUGGCUACUUGACCACUCUAAAAGACAAUACGACUAUCACCGAAGGACCGGUCACAGUGAUAGGCACCGGUAACACGCCGCUGGAUCUGGUCGGACCGGUGGCAAACAGAGACUAUUUCUUCGAUGCACCCCUUGACCAGCUCGGCGAGGGUCAAUUCGCUGAUGUAACCGGUCUAAUUUCCCCGAUUGCGUCCACCAAUUUCGUGGCGGCCGUGGGUCCUCUUUCUCAUGGCGAUCUCUUGGCCGAGGUGUUGCCCGCCGGUGUCAAGAUUACCAUUCGCCAUGUCUCCUCGACUCCCACUCCCUGCCCUGCGCUCUUCGCCGCACCCCCGGGCGAAACCUCCGAGCCGACCUUCUGCGAGAAUCAUUUUCUGACUGCAUCGGUGGAUGCGGAGGGCAAAGAUGGCGCCGAGAUUAUUGUGUUGGGGGUGGAGGUGCUGAUCUACAGCACCGCGCACCUGACGACGAUUUUUGUCUCCAAGGCCGACUCGACCGGGUUCUUACAUCUACUCCAGAACGCCCCGAAGGUCUCCCUGCUCCGGCGCAUUUCGCAGACCUUUCUCUCCUUUCUGGUCCGCACGCAUCAGCGACCGGGGGUCCGCCUCGUGGUGUCCCUUUUCGCGCGCGCGCAGAACCAGUAUCUGUUCCCCGGCAGCAUCGAGAACGCGGGCAAGCAUGUCCUCGACGAUCGGGGGUUGAUCAAAUGGUGGUGCCGCGUGUUCGACCCGAUUCUCCGCGAGUACGAGCCGGAGUCCGGCUCGCACGAGAAGAACGCCCUGGACCGACAGACUGAGUCGGCGCAGAGCUCGGCCACGGCCUUCCUGAUAGUCCCCGGGUGUGACAAGUUCGAAACCCGGGGCUUCUUCCCCAGUGCCGCCCGGCUGGACAGCCAGGAACGCCCCAGAUGGCGCAACAGCUAUCCUCUGCAUCAGCUCUGUGACGACCCCAAGGCGCCGCCGCGCUGUCUGGUCCCCCGCUUCCCCGAUGACCCGAAAACGCGAUUUCUGAUUGACCUGGACGAUGAGCUUCCCCCGCAGUCCGGGGACAACGGGAAGUCCUCCUCGGUUGCGCCCGGUCAGUGGCGGAGCGUCAAGUCCCUGGAUCAGUUCUGGGAGAUGAUGUCUUUCCGCCAGGAGUGCUCUUCGGGACGAUUGGUCGGGUUUCUGUGGCUUGUCAUCAACCCGCCGGGGCUGGUCAAUUCGGUCCAGAUGACCAGCUCCCGGUCUGUCCUCGGUGACCUACCUGAGCUACAAUCCAAUGAUUCUAAGUCUGACUCGUUGGAGCAACCUGAAGCCUCAGAAGGCCCGAGUGUCGCACAGCCGGUCGAUGCCGCAGCCCCCCAACCCACUGCUGAGUCCCUGUCCGUAUCCGAGUCCACGGCACAACGCACCACAGCCGCCAGUGCUUUCUUCUGGCCGGAGGCAGGGCGUGGCCACGCUGUGCUCAGCGAAGCCGACUACAAGGCGGCGAUUGACUUCUUGAUUGAGCAGGACUUCUUCAACCAGGAGGUCUCUAUCGCCAGUACAAGAGCCUGGGGGCAGAAGAUUGCCUCACUUGCUGACCAACUCUGGGUCGGGCAACAGGUCCUGGGCCGAGGCAGCACCGACAAUCCUUCCCAGCAGACUACGGAGGUCAACACUCUCAUCAGCAGCACACUGGUCCGAAAACGCAAGAAGGUCGGAGAUGAACCCGCCAAAACUGAAGGCAUUGAGAAGACCGCCGAGGAGCCCGCGACAGACGCCAAUGCACCGCCGGCAGAUGCAACAGCGUCCACUCCUACACCCGAGUCAACUUCCGGGGUCAAUGUUCUACAAGCUAAUUUGAUCCGCAAGAAGAAGAAGACGUAA